CCAUGGUCUGUCACGAUGCGGUCCACAUUAAUGUUCGAUUGUGUCCUCGCGAUGGGCCUCUUCACCUGCAUCGGUGCAAUCACCGUGUCGAUAGACCGUUCUGAUAACAAGCCGCCACCAACGCGGCCGUCAAUGAUCGCAAACGGGUGGCGCCCUCUGACCAAUGCCUACGAGGACACCAUAGGCACGAACGUGUCGCCAUCUAGCAGCCUCGAGCGGAGUGGCCCCCUGCACCCGGUGCUGGGCAAACUUCAAGAGCACAUGGCCGCCUCGGAAAAGUUGAAGCCGCAACGAAAGGGUAAACCAGCCUCUCAUCACGACUACAACCCGCCCAGUAUAUUGGGCAGCUUCACGGUUCUCAGCCACGUGGCAGCCAAGGCUCGUGGCGAGGCGCAGUCCACCCACAAGAACGCGAAUAAUAAACACGUGGCAUCCGAGACGAGAGAUUACACGUUCCUUAUUCCACCGCCAAAAGACGCGUACCGUUUCGAUCUGGAUCAGCACAGAAAGCCGAUUUUACGAGACAGCUCGGCAUUCUUGCGACAGCCACAGUUCCAUCAAGCCCCGGAUCCGAUAAAGGCGGCCACGUAUUUUAUCAAGGGAUACACUUCCACUACUAACUCCCCCUCCUCGCCGAGUACCACGAAGAACAGACACGCAUACGACGCGCCUUACGUCCCGCAAUUGCUCCAACCGCCUAGAUACCACGUGAAACCUUUCGAGUCGUUGAAAGUGUCCGCCAAUCCGAAACCAUAUUUCCAACCACCUGGCACGGGGCCUGCCAAUGAUUUCGGAAAGGACAAGAGACUGACCGAUCACAGGCAGAACUUUGACAAGUUCCAAGGGCACAACGAACACGGUAGCAUCAGUCCAGCCGGUAAUUUCUUCGGCCAGGUGAAUCAUGCCGGCCACGGUUACAAGACAUCCUUCGAGAGGGAUCCCGCGUUUCUCGUGCACGAGAGCCACGAGAUCAGUUACAUCACCCCACCUUCCGUGUACAACCCGUUCAACUUCAGACCUUCGCUCCCUUACGAGACUCUAUUACCCCCUGACGUGUAUUCCUCGUCCACGACGGCGCCCACCACCCCCCGUAUCGUACAGGAAUCGAACAAGUAUCGCCAGCAAGUAACGGGGGACGCGGAUUUGAAGAGGCCGGUCCAAGUGUCUGCCACUGGCGGCAAGCAGAACGUGGAAACAGGCGUCGCGCAGGAAGUUGUGCCCACGGCUGGAUUCGGUAACACGUACUACGUGUCAGAAUCGCAGGAUCUCACCCCCCCGCCUUCCGCCUGGCCAAUUCCAAAGAGCAAGUAUCCGUCAGACAUAAACGAAGUUCUGCCCCGUGUCAAUCCACCGUCCAAGUUCCAGGAGAUAAAUAUAGCGUCGAACCAGAUCCCCCAAGCGCCGAAAGUGGUGUUCAUAGGGCCCCAAACUCAACAGCCCCAGUUCCAAACCCCUGUGCUACCUAUAGACAUUCGGCCCCUAAACGGUGAGCCAGAAUAUGAGACACCAGAAAGUAUAUCGUUAAAACACUUCAACGAGCAACAAUAUCUGAUCCAGCAACAGUUGCUGCACAGGGACAGGCAGAGAUUGGCCGAGCAGGAGAGGCAACAGCAAUUGGAGAUCGAGAAGCAGCAGCAGGAGGAGUUGAAGAGGAGGCAGCAGGAGUUGAGGCAACUUUUGGAGAGGCAGAAGCAGGAGGAAGAGGAGGCCAGACUCGCUGUGGAAUCCGCGAGGAACCAGACGGAGAAAUUGGCCAAAGUCACGGAGGAGGAGGAGGGGCAACCACCUCGUACGAUCCAAUUGGCCGGAUAUGAAAUCACGAACGUUAGCACAGACGAGGCGGCGGCAGCGGCGAUUACCGAGGAGAGCAGCGUUGGCGAGCAGCCAAAGGUUCAACAGUCUCAGGUGACCCAACCCGAGCCGCACGUUUUCCAAGACCGUCCUACGGACCACCCCCAAGAUAUCUCGAAGAAGAAUCAGGCGGACCAGGCGAAUUACCGGGAACAGCAGGCUGCUGAUUUACGGCCCCAAAGGCCGCACAAGCCGUCGCGCGAUCAAUAUAGACGGCGGAAGCCGAGCACCGCGGUGUACGAGCCAACACCGCCAACGGAAACCCCGCUCCAAGUUCCAGAGACCUCCUCGGUCCCCGUCACGCUUCGCGGGGAGGAAGUGGGAUCGCGGACGACCGCGGCACCGGAAACCGUGACUCUGGCCGCGCAGCCGAGGCCGAGAACUCGAAGGCCAGGCGCCCCGUUGCGACGAAGAAGACCGACGACCACCGCCCCACCUGAGCCCGCGGCCACGGAGCCGUCCACGCCGGAAGACUUCCUGAAAUACGAGAAGCAGGAGGAAGAGACACCGCGCCAGGUCGAUGUCGCGAAGAAGAGGCGGAUCAAACCGGUUGCCAUGCAGCCCAGCCUCGAGGAGGUGGGCGUGACCGAGAAGAAGACCAACAUCAGGAAACGACCCGGCCACAGGAACAGGGUGAAUCCCGGAGAGCCGUUCGAGGCCGAGAUAGUGACGGAGAUCGUUCACCCGCCUCUGAGUACGUACAAGAGCCCGACUGAAUCCGUCCAAUCGUACACGAUUGCGAACGAGUACGAUCAAUUGGCGACGAAUGGCCAGCCUAAUCAACAAUUCGAUUACACGGAGUCGCAGAGGGUAGCGACAGUGGAGGAGAGGCAACGAGGGGGGGACAGCGUCACCCCGAGCGUCCCAUUCGAGUAUCAGACCGAGUCGAACAGGGCGAAGCCGCACGAGGAUCCCGUCAACUUAGUGACCUACAAUCCCGAGCCAUCCGUGGAAUCCGUAGCCACGAAUAUCCCCCUCGAGGAUCUGUUCGUGAGAACGGAGGGAAAUUACUUGGAUCGAGGGACAGUGUCAUCCACGAGCCAAGGAAACAUCGCCACGACCACGUCUCCUCCGACCACGUCUCCCAGCACGCAGCCGCCACCGUUGAGCACCUCGAGCGCCAGAUCGACUCACAAGAUCAGGCCGAUCAGGUACGGGAACGCGACCAGGCCGCGGUUCAGCAUCAAGGACUACAAGAGCCGGAUGGAUUACAAGAACAGAUUAGCUCAGAUUUCGAGCACCGAGCCGCCCGCCCCGUCCAAGCAGAGAGGCGGCUCUCCCUCCUUCAAGAAUCAACACAGCCAGCAACAACAGAGCGGAGGGGAGGGUGGAAGGGAGACGACGGGAAGGUACAAGUACGUCUCAAGGGUGAAUUACAGAACGUCCUCGCCCAAUCCCCCUCCCAAGGAUCAGCAGGAGUACGCGACGGAGGAGGGGACGUCCUCCGCAACCUCCACGGAGAGGUCGAAUCGUUUCGUGCCGAAGAGGAGGCCUGUGAACGGCAACGUGUACAGGAGUAGGGUGUCGAACGCCGCACCCAAUCGGAAUCAUUACGACACGGAUACGAGCGUAUUACAAUCGAGACCCAGCACGGCCCGUCCCGAGAACGUGUUCUCAUCAUCGGUUCGGCGACGACCGGUGAUGAAGGGCAGAUUGACGCCCCACCAGAGCUCGACCGCCCCGUAUGCGGAAGCUAGGGACGCCGAGGGAACAGAAAUGGCGGCGGAGGAGACGAGUUUCUACUCGGCGGUGACCACCAUGGGAGCGGGGAACGAGGUUGGGGAGAAGGAGGGGGGAGCGAGCGACUCGACGACGAGCGUUGCAGCGACGAGCACCACGGAUGAAGCGGGGAGAAAGGAGGAAGCGGAAAUCGAGAGUGAGAUCACGAUAGGGACGGGUUACCAUUCUCGGGAUGGGGUGGAGAAUGGGGGAAAGGUGGUUGCGGAAGAACCGGUCGUCGUCGUCACCGAGAAAUCCGUGGACGAGAGCCAAUUGAGGGAAAGUUGGGGGAUCACGGAGCAAUAUUCGACGGCGAGGGUCGAGGAAACGACCGAAAUUGGUGGGAAGGGGGUGGCGGAGAACACGACGAAAUUCGAAAUACCUUCGGAGGAGGAGGAGUUAUUCGCGAAAGCGUCACAGAGCGUCGCGGAUCUGACCAGUUCCGCUUCCGCCCUUUACGACAAACCUGGAAUGUUCAAGGCUGUGUCUCCUGAGAGUAGAAUAGCUGCCUCCCACUUCAAGAUCCCCACUGACGAGCCCACUUUACCUAUCGAGGCGUUCUUCCAGGAAUUGUCGAGGAAGAGUUAA